CUAUUGGACAGCAACCGCGUCGCAACAAGUCACUCCAGUUCAACAAAGCGACUGUCGAGACUCCAUGUAGCGAAGCCUGCGACCCCUAUGCAGUCCCAAAGAUGACAUACCGGGGCUCCUUGCCUUCGGGGCAGGCCUUCAAUGGCCAGCAGCACGUCCCCCAACCCUACCACGAUCCCUACGGCAAUAGCAAUGGCAACGGCGGCGGGAGUGGGAAUGGCCAGAACCAAAACUACGCGAACGCUGCAUACGGCACUCACGGCCAAGCGCAACCGAUUCAUGGCAGUUACCAUCAACCGCCUACCCAAGCUCCGGCUCCCAUCCUUCCUGCGCCUACGCCGAUGAACAUGCAGGCGAACGGAUAUGGGCAGUUCCCUGCGUAUGGCGGCACCUUCCCGCAUCAUCAACAACAGCAACAACAGCAACAACAGCAACAGCAGCAGCAGCAGCAGCCACCGCAAUACCCCCACCAUCACCAACUCCAGCAGCCCUUUCCUCACGGGAAUACGAUGAACGUCCAAUUUGCGCCUCCUCACUCACCCUUCGUCCAAACCACACACGCCUCUCGCUCUCCUGCGCUUGCGCCUGCACCGACACCGACACCGACGCCGCCAAUUUACGCUGAGUAUCAGCCGACGCAACAGCCGCAACAUCAACCGCAAUUCCAACCUCACUUCCAGCAACAGCCUCAACCGCCGCCUCAAACACCGCAGCAGUUGCAGCAGCUACAGCAACAGCGUAGCCCCCAAGUCUUUCCGGCGGUACCACAAUAUGCCCAGUUCUCCCAGCCGCCCAUGGGUCAAACUCAGGCCGUGCCAGUACUAAACCAGGCUUUUGCCGAACCUUCUCCAGUUCAACGGAGUCCCGAGCCUCACUUCGCAAACUCGCCAACUGUACAGCCGGCACGAUCACCCAGUAUAGCUAGAAAGUCACCUGCGAUAUCCUCGAUCAACUCUCCGGCCAUAUCAUCCAGAGGUUCUCCCGCCUUAUCGACGAAAGCAAGGUCUUACGACACGACGACGAUCCUUGUUCACGUAGCAGAAGAGUGUUUCGAGAAGGCGCGCCGUGGUGUACAAAGAGUGGCGGUGUCUGGGUCAGACGAGCAAGUGCGCGAGUACCAAAAGUUGAUUACAACUGGUCUGGCAUGUCUCGAGGCUGCAUUCCAAAGCAAUCGUCUGUCUCCGAGACAAGAGGCAAAAGCAAGAUUGAGAUAUGCGUCUAUAUUGUGUGAUGAGACGGAGAAUCUUCAAGAGGCAGAAACAGCCUUGAGUAAGGGCAUCACCAUCUGCGACAAGCAUAGAUACGCCGAUCUGAAGUACUGUAUGCAAUAUCUUCUGCUCAAGGUACUGUUUCAAAGGAACCAGAAGGCAGCAUUCAUCGCCGUCGACAAAAACAUUGCGGACUGUCUCACGUUCAAACACAUACACUGGGUUUACGCCUUUCGUCUGCUGAAGGCCACGUUCCAUGUCCAUGCGGGUAGUCCACCCGAUGCGGCAGUACUGGACAACUUGCGCGCUAUUGCGGUUUUAGCGAGCGAGAGAGGGGACAACGCAAUGCUUGUCUUCGCCUCUCUCUUGGAAGGCUUGUCGGUGCUAAGAAACAUGCGCCCCGACACCAUCGAACGAGUGCAAACUUGCCUGGCGCAAGCCACGAAGUUUCAACUGGAUCCCUCUGUUCAGAUUCCGCAGCUGGAUGUUUUGACGCUAUUGCUCGACCUUGCGUGUAGCAUGCACCAGAAAACGCCCGAUAUCUUGAUUCACAAACUAAGAACACUUCAAGCAAAACUUGAUGCAAACUUGGGAUCCCAGACAUGGACCGAUCUGAAUCCUGAGAUCUUGAUCCCUGUCAAGAAGCACAACUCAACCUCUGCUACCCUCAGCGAUGAUACCUCUUCAAUUCUCCGAUCCGGGCCAACUGAUGGACAGCACGAUUACAUUGUCAUGACUUUCUUGAACCGGCUGGAGAUCAUAGUAUUGACCUACACGUUCAGUGGUUUAGCCGGCAUGUAUCGCCCUGGUUCGGAUCCUAAGAGGAGCCACGAAUUCUGGAAGGAGGGAUUCGAUGUAUUGGCAAAAUGGAACAAGGAGAUAGCCCCCAGUGUUCCUGCGGCAUCCCUGCGCGAGUCGAUGGAACAGUCUAAAUGGAGGACCGAAAUUUUCUGUUAUUUGCAAGCUCUGACGGGGCUGUACUUUGCAACGCACAGUCAAUGGCCAAAGGUCGAACAGUGCGUGGCACAACUGCAGCAGGCUAUCACACCAGCUGUGAACGAAAUCUUUAGCGUGUUCUCGCUAUACCUCUCCGGGGUCUAUCAUCAAGGCACCGGUGAUUUGGAGACUGCUCUAUUAUUGUUCGAAGAUGAGAGGUUGAGUGUCGAUGUAGGCCGUGGGGGUCCAGGUGGCAGGAAGCCUGCUAAGCUGGAGCUGUGCAUACUCGCUGCGCUGAACCGUAUCUGGAUCCUUCAAGAUUCAUCUUACCGCGAUGAGAUGACAUCUACGGAGCUAUUGGACCAGUUGCGGCCGAUGUGUACGGAACAUCAAGAUCCUGACAUACGCACCGCCUUCAACCUCGUACAAGCAACGGCUCAGACGAUGCCCCCGCCCUCUAUGCACCAAAUCAAAACGAGUAUAACGAACUCGUUGAAUGGGUCGCGGGUGACAGGUAACACACACUGUCUGGCAAUAGCCCUCAGCAUCAUGCGGUCUAGACUGUUCGAUAAUGUGGUGGGCGAACAGGCUCUGAAAAGCGCAAGGGCAGCCUCGACACAGGCGAAGCGGAGUGGAAACUUGCUUUGGAUGAGUGUGGCGGACGGUAUGCUGGCUGAUUCUUUUGAAGUCCAAGCACUCUUUGCAGACGCCGAAGCAGCGCGGCAGACGGCCACGGACUAUGCGUCUCACGCAUUCACUGGGAAGGAGUAGUUGGUUCGGGUUCAGCGUGGAUCAUGUUUUCACGGCAUUAUGGACUGGCGUCUGGUGCGGGAUUUGGCCUGGCAUGAGCUGAUUGUUUGGGAAAGCAUAAUACCCCCCAAUUUGUAUCGCUGCCAGAUGAUGCGGCGAAAUUGACUGAGUGAUGAAGGAAUUGUUGCUACACACUCCGUAAGGUCGUUAUUCUUUAGAAAGUCGAUGGGCUAUACGGCUUCAGCCUAUUACCAACUACUACCUCAAUCCCCUCUCGUGAUUUGCAUCAACCUUGCGGACAUUUACCUAUGACAAAAUAGGAUAAGUAAAAGUAUACUACUUGAUUCUUGAGUGACCAAGAUAGCCUUUUUACGUUCCUCACCUUAAUUGCCCGAG